AUGGCUGAACCAAACACUGCUAUGAAGUCUAUAUUUUGCUCGAAAUUCGAGCUAUCAGAAAUUGUAUUCUUCUGUGUUGCCUUCACUUUCAUGCUAAUAGUUCUAUCACAAGCCAGCAGGAUAAUAGCAUCUGAUUUUAUAAGGAUCACGAAUCAAGUAACCAGAUUUCAAGUAUUAUUGGCUACUGCUUUAGUCAAUGUAAAAUCUCAAACCAAUAAUACCCCGGUCGUGUUACGAUCACUUUUGGAUCAAGGAUCUCAAGCAAGCUUUAUAACAGACGCUGCUGCUCAACUACUAGGACUUAGAAAGUUUAAGGAGCCUAGCUACUUGUCAGGAUUAGGAGAAGCACUUCAUCAUCAAAAAGCAAAAUACCACGCGGCGUUGCACCAAACGCCAGUGCCCGUCGAACACGGCUCGCGAACAGACGCGUGGAUUUUACAUACGAUUACAGUGCAUAAUCCAGACAUAAGCACAAUGUCUCGCAGAUUAACAAAACGACAUCUGACACCAGCAGAUGAUUACGUCUGUCCCCUAUCUGCUGAAACACAGGCAAUCGCUGAAGAGCAGCUAAGGGAGACCGAAAACUCCAGGUCACAAGCUCUUGAAGCGCUGAGGAAUUGGCUGGAACAGCACCCGAAAUUCUUAGCUAUUCGUAUGGAUUCGAACUUCCUCCUACGUUUCCUUCGCACAAAAAAGUUCAGCGUGCCCAUGGUCCAGGAAGCGAUUGAACGUUACAUAUUGUUGCGACAAUCUUGGGGCAUCGCCUUCAAUCAACUGGACUAUAAAUUACCAGUUAUGAUGGAGCUAAUUGACCUGGGGUACAUCUUUGUAAGUCCGUAUAAAGACAAAUCUGGCCGCCGUGUUGUUAUAUACAGACCAGGUGUGUUUGACCCCUACAAAUAUACCAACCAGGAUAUGUGCCGAGUGAUGGCUAUUUGUUACGAAACUCUAAUGGAGGAGGAGGAAAACCAAGUGCGAGGAAUAGUUCACUACGCCGAUGGCGCUGGAGUCAGUUUUCCCCAUCUCACACUUUUCACACCAAGAGAGGCUGUGCGAAUCGUUAAAAAUGGAGAGAAAACUAUUCCGCUGAGACACAAAGAAAUUUAUGGCGUAAAUGUUCACCCUACUAUCAAGUUUGCUCUUGAUUUCGGAAUGGCGCUGAUAUCCGAAAAAAUAAGGAAGCGUGUAAAAUUAUAUACAGCCCUUGAGGACGUUGAGAUUGAGAAGAGUCUCCUCCCAUCAGAGUAUGGUGGAACCAUGCCGAUGAAGGAAAUGAUCGAGUUAUGGAAAGAAGAACUAGCGAGUAAACGAGACAUUCUUCUGCUAAAUGACAAAAUGUCAGUCCGCCUAGAAAUGUACAGCGAGGCGGCGCGAGAGGGCGCUAUAUCCGCCUUAAGAACGGGCGCAAAUACAUGCGCGGGCGCAGACGCCGUUGGUGAUGCUAUGCGAGGCCUUACUGGCAAUUUCAGAAAGCUUGAAGUUGAUUAG